AUGGAUGUCGACUGGCAACAGCAGUUGGGAAUGAUGCCCCCCCUUGUGCAUACCGUACCCGUGUUUUCUCUAGGAGAUAUCCCAGAGCGACUUCCGUCCUCCGUCCCCUUGUCAGCCGUGGCCCGUCACGAGAACAGACCACAUUCUAGCAGUAACCUCCAAAGCUGUCCCUUCAGGGAUCAAUCCCACAGAGUCGAUAAGCCGCACGGAAUGAAGGUCACUGAAGAGGAGAACCGUUCUGCGCCCGGAGGCCCUCUGUUCCUUAGCCUCCAAGAAGAGAUAUUAAGGGCCAAGGCGGGAGAAAGCGUGUGUGCGCAAUCCACAGGACAGCACCAGAGAAGGAGCAGAGAAGAGAACGAUGCCGAAGUGGACUGGCACGCGCCAGUGCAGCCGACAGAAAUCACGAACUAUACAGCAACGGGAAAUUCCUCCGUCGCUGCGACAAUGCAGACAGUUUCAUUUGGGGACAGUCACCGUGACGAGUACGGUGUCGGGCACCAGACGUCCCUCAACAGAAUGAAUACUCCCGUAUGCGAUACUCACGAGACAGCGGAAGUUGUAGUCCCUGCAUCUCUCGGAGUGAGAAACUAUCCAUAUCUAGAGCAGGAAGGCGCUUGUCUAGCAUGGGUUCCCCAGUGGCUCUCCCAGUCUCUCCCUUACGCCAACUUUCACCCUCUUUACUCUCCUAACCAAGUGAGUUCCCUCUGUUCCUCCUCAUGCUGCAAUUCUUCGCCGGUACCGUGUCUGCCAGAGUGUUCCUCUUCGGUCCCCGUUUUUGGUGACGCGUACCGUCAGUCUAAUUUUGAACCAGUGGCAGGUACGAAUAGCGUGACGUCUUCGUAUCAAGCUUGCUCUCACAGUGAGGAAUCUCAGCACCUUUUACGAUCUUUCUGGUCUUCCACGGGAAGCACCUGUCCACGUCUCCCUCUGCCUAUCAGAGCAGCAGCGCAGGCGAACUGUUGUCCCUCUCUCGCCGACGAGGCUCUGCCCAUGCACGUUCUGCCUUCGUUCCCUCCUUACUCUUCAAAGCCUUCUCCUACUGCUUUGGAUCGUGACACAUCCGGGGGCUGGCGCCGAAAGCAACGAUGCCGAAAACAAGAAACCGACCACCGGAAAGAGAGGAAGAAGGCUGAGAGUUACAAUGGUCGAGUUUCCGGACACCGGGGGUCGACUCAAUAUAUUCGGGGUCACGGAAAGAAGAGCGGAGAAGAACUGCAGCUGUCGGACCGUCACGCGGCAACCUUUUCUCUGCCUCCCUGGUGUGGAUCGCCUCCGACACUGCCUGACCCGGAUUUCUCAACACCUUUUUCGGCGUGCCAUGGGGACGAAACUCUCAGUAUACCAGAGAUGCAGCAUUUCCCUCUUUCGUUCCCAGGCCGGUUUUCUGGCGUGCCUGCUUCUGCUCCAUCCUUUUCCUCUUAUCCUAGUGAGACAGGCCAAACAGACUCUAGUCGUCCGCCCCCACAAGUCCCUCCCACGAAACAACGGCCAGGUGGGGUGUUGACAGAGAUGUCGACAGGACGUACAGGCCGCCGUGGGAGUCGCCAGCGCCCUCUGUCGCCUUGUGUUUCCUCUCUCCUUGGCCCACUAGCCGCUGUCGAGUGGAGAAGUCGAACAGCUGGACUUCGGCUGUCUACUAAAUUCGGUUACUUGCAAUGUGACCGGACUGGAGAGCCUCUCUGUUCUCCUCGUUGGGAGAGCGGGUGUGAGGGAGUCUUUUUCGACAACCAGAAAGGUCUAUGGAGAGUGACAUGUUCUGGGGAGAAGAAAAUAACAAAGAGUUUCUCUCCAAAACUCCUAGGCGGGUUUGACGCGGCAAAGACUGUAGCCAUGUUGUACCGGAUUUGGGCGGCAGAACGAGAAGAUGUCGUGACAGAAAAAUUGAGUGAACUUGCUCUGGAAUGGAAGCAACACGAGGGGAAGAUUUGUGGGGAUGUAAACUCACAGGAACGCGGAAUUUGUGUAUCAGGAGCCUCAACCAUGAACCGAGAGAAUAUAGUGAUUCCCUUUUAUGCGCCGUCAGAGGCAGUUGUGGAGGGCAUCUUGAGGAACGAAGCGGAGUCGGGAAGCGACUCUCCUCACUCGCUUCUUGAAGCUGCAAUUAACAUCGUCUCCCAGAUGCACUGCUAA